CGGCAGACAACGGAAGGGAAGGCAACGGGAGGAUCUAUCUUUCUUCCUCUCAAGAAAAAGGGUGGUUGUUUGGACGGAGUUGGGGACUUUGGGGAUCGAUCGAUCGGAGGAGGAGUCGGAGGCAGAAGAGAAGGAGUGAAGGAGGGGCGGCGGGAUGACGCGGGGAAAGCAGAAGAUCGACGCGCAGCGGAAGAGCGCGGAGAAGAACCAGAAGUCCAAGGGGUCCCAGCUCGAGGCCCGCGCCGUCGGCCUCAAGGUCGUCUGCCCCAUCUGCAAGGCGCAACUAGCCAACGAGAAGCAAUUGAUUGAUCACUAUGGAUCAAAGCACCCCAGGGAGAAACCUCCAGGUCCAUCAAAUGCAGAGUAACUGAUGGGAAGCGGAAGCAUGAGCUAUACGGACUGUUUCUGAGGCUGCUCAGUCUGCUCCACACUUGGACGACUUGAGCUUCAGCUUUACCCUAUGUAAUGUAUGCAUUUCCUCUUGUUCCAGGCAAGAGCCUUGAUGAGCAUGUAUUUGCCUUCUAUGAGUAUCUUGUCAAACUGUCGACAUACCAUCAAACUGUAUGUGCUGCAAUCUUUGGAUAAGAGAAUGCUAAACUA